GUUAUCCCCCACACUACCAAAAUUAUUUGCAUCAACACCAAACUUCACUGACUCUUCUAACAACUCCACUUUCUUCCCCCAUUAUUUAUAUGCAAAACCUUCAAUCCUCUUGUUUCCAUCCUGAAAUCUAUCUCUAGAAACCUCUACUCUCAAAUACAUCACUAGUUAAUUUAAUUACCUUCAAAUGGCGAGCUUCCAUGGCGGACUUCUUUGCCUCCUGGUACUUGGAAUCUGCAUGGUGCAGCCGAAUUUGGCCACCGUUUAUAACGUUGGAGACACUGCCGGUUGGUCUCUUGGUGUUGAUUAUGGCACAUGGGCUUCAGGGAAGACCUUCAGCGUCGGCGAUAAACUUGCGUUCAACUAUGCAGGAGGCCACACAGUAGAUGAAGUUAGUGCGAAUGACUACAAAGCAUGCGCAGCCGGAAACUCCAUAACCUCCGACAGUUCAGGCUCCACAACCAUCACCUUAAAAACCCCAGGAACUCACUACUUCAUUUGCAGUUCCAUGGGGCAUUGCGAUGGCGGCAUGAAACUCUCCGUCACUGUCGCGGCCGGUGGAUCGUCUACUACUCCAUCUCCGGGGGGCGGCAGUUCCACCACUCCAACGUCGCCGGCAACUGACACACCUUCGGCUACCGGAACAACGCCGUCGACGACGACCCCGACAACGAAACUUCCAUCCGGUUCGUCAAAUUCAGGGUCAUCGUCUCCUUUCGCCAAUUUCUACAUGGCCGUUUUGGCGAUUUUGGUAGGUUCAUCGGCGUUGGCUGUGGGUUAUUAUUGAGAAAUUGAGUUUAUAUACAUAUUACACACACACACACGCACACAUAUAUAUAUGUGUGGCGCUGAGAUUUGAGAUGUUGUAUGUUUCUAGUCCGGCGUUGGCGUUGGUUUGAUAUGGCCGGGGAAGAGGCAGUGCUCUUUUUCUUCUCAUUUUGUUUUGGUAUAAGGUGGUCUAUUUUUCUCAUUAUUGUUAGAAUUUUUAAUUUAAUAUUGCCUUUUCAACAA